GUUAAGGUGAUGAUAGUCUGAACAGCUUAGCUUCCCUGUCUUCCUACAACACUCUCUCUUCUUUUGUGCUGUCUUUUGUCCCCUAAAGACUUCACUCGCGAACUUUAUUUAUCGAGUUAUUUCUCUUUAACCGAAUCGCUGACCGGACACCUUACAUUGAACAUGGCCCAAGAUCCACGUGUUCUGCUGCAAAGAGCCGAUAAAGCGUUGCAAGGCGCCUCCGGUGGCUUCAGCUUCUUUGGUGGCCGCACAGAGAAAUACGAGAAUGCUGCAGAUUUGUACACACAGGCUGCGAAUGCGUUUCGAAUUCAGAAGCAGAACAAGGAAGCCGGUUUAGCGUUCGAAAAGGCUGCCUCUAUCCAAACCCAGAAUCUGAACGAACCCGAUGAUGCCGCCAACACGUUGCAGGAGGCCUUCAAGGUCUACCGCAAGUCAGACCCAGAGGAUGCCGUUCGAGUACUUUCUUCCGCUAUUCAACACUAUGUGCUGAAAGGAAACUUGCGUCGAGCGGCCACGCAGGAGCAGUACGUUGCGGAGGUAUAUGAGAUGGAGUUAGGAGACACCAAGAAGGCGCUGGACGCUUACGAGAAGACCGCGGAGUGGUUUGACGCUGAUAAUGCUGAGGCACUUGCGAACAAGCAUUACCUCAAGGCGGCUGACCUGGCCGCGCUCGAGGGCGAUUACUACAAGGCGAUCGAGCACUACGAGCGAAUCGGCCGUUCAUCCAUCAGCAACGGACUAAUGAAGUGGUCUGUGAAGGAUUAUCUCCUGAAAGCCGGAAUCUGCCAUCUUGCUACCAAUGACCUGGUUGCUGCCAGCCGCGCCCUCGAGAACUACCGUGAAAUUGAUACCACAUUUGCCUCAACAAGAGAGCACCAGCUGCUCGUGGAUUUGGUCGAGACAGUUGAACAAGGUGACCAGGAGGCGUUCGCCGAUAAGCUCUUCCAGUUCGAUCAGCUUAGCAAGUUGGAUAAGUGGAAGACGACUAUCCUUCUCCGGAUCAAGAACAAUAUUGAAUCCCAGGAAGAAGAUUUCUCGUAGAUACCUUACCCCUCGUUUCGAUUGUAUCUUGCUUUCAGUGAACCAUCGUAUAAAGAACAUUCUUAUAUUUGGGAAUAUUUGAUGCUAAACGGGCUCAUGAUAAGUACUAUUAUUUUUAUGGACGAUCCAUGUAUUUGUGCUCGAAAAUUGCAUAAGCAUACUUUGUACUUACGUAGGCAAAUAAAGAGGAAGCGUCUUGGAAAAUGUAGAAAGAAGGGGGAAAAAAACCCGUCGUCUAUUUUAAACUCAUCAAAUCAUA